AUGGGGGCUGAUGGCACUGAUCAGAAGAUCAGAAUGCUGAACAUACAGAACGCCUCUUGGGGCAGUCGCCAGGACUGGUACCAGGACAAUCUAGUGACCAGCCAGCCCAAUCCAGUGAUAGACAGUUGUCAGCAACUGGACAGCAGUCUAGAUUCGGAACAUCAGACGGGGGCAGUAAAUGAUGACCUGGAUGACUCCCAGAUCCGGUUGCAACUGAAACGCAAACUUCAGCGUAAUCGAACUUCAUUCACUCAGGAGCAGAUUGAAGCAUUAGAAAAAGAGUUUGAGAGGACGCAUUACCCUGAUGUCUUUGCCAGAGAGAGAUUGGCGGCAAAGAUCGACCUGCCUGAAGCACGGAUCCAGGUAUGGUUCUCCAACCGGAGAGCCAAAUGGAGACGAGAAGAAAAACUCAGAAACCAGAGACGACAAGCGGGUAAUGCUUCCAGCCACCUUUCCAUCAACAGUUCAUUCUCCAGCAGUGUCUAUCAGUCCAUACCACAGCCCAGCAGCUCAGGGUCCAUGCUGAGCCGCAGUGAAGCAGCUAUAACGAACAGCUAUGGUUCUCUUCCUCCUUUGCCAAGCUUCACAAUGCCAAAUAACCUUCCCAUCCAGCCGGUAGCCAGUCAGACCUCUUCCUAUUCCUGCAUGAUACCACCAAGUCCUUCAGUGAGUGUCCGCAGUUAUGAUGCCUAUACAGCUCCUCAACUUCAGACUCACAUGAAUAACCAGAGUCUGGGGUCCAGUGCAAGUGGCUCCACAGGUCUGAUCUCUCCAGGCGUUUCUGUUCCUGUCCAAGUACCGGGAGGAGACCCAGAUCUGACUCAAUACUGGCCCAGGCUUCAGUGAAGAAAAAAAGGACAAGUAUGGAUUAAGUCUGACUGCUCAUAUUCUUGUGUAACGAAGACAUCAAUCACUGUCGUGAAUCAACAGACCUCUAUGUUAAAAAUGGAAAAAAAUAUACCGUAUUCACCAGCUUUCUUAAUCAUGACUUAUCAAUAUCGUCAUCACAAGAACACCCAACCUUAAGAAGUCUACAACAGUCUUCUUUGAACUAUUUAAAAAAUGGCUGAUUAUCAUAAGAUGUUCACACCAUUUCCCAUGUUUUGUAAAGUAGUGUUACCACAGAUCAGCAGUUGGUAAAAACUCAGUUGAGAAUAAGAAGCUUUUUUUCUACAGCCAGAAAUUUAUCAAAGAAUCUGAUUCUGCUGAAAAGAGCUGUUAAACAAAUGGAUAUUGUUGAGUUCAGGUCUAAACAUCCGCACCUCUGUCUGUCUUUAGAAAACUCCCUGGUGUUAAGAACAGUGCUUUCAAGAUUUAACUUCUUACAAGAAAAAAGAGGAAAUAAGUUAUGUAAAACCAAAGGUACUUCUAACAUUGCACCACCUUAUGCUGUAUAAAGUAGGUCUUCACUGGCAUGAUUGUCCUGCACUGAUAUUUCUCAUCUGGAUGGGUUCCUAUUGUUUUUUAAGGAUGUUUGGAUGAUACUACUAUAAUACCCAGUGUCGAUAAUGCCUGGGAAAUUUCAUUUAUAGACAUAGUAUACUGUGCAAAGGUGUUAGGCAGAUGUGGAAAAAAAUCAGCAGCAUAAGAAGUGUUAUUAGAAGUGUUAUUAUUAUAACAAAAUGCACAGAAUGAAAAAAAAAGAGAAAUGUAAAUCAAAUCAAUAUUUGGUGUCAAAUCAAUACCUUUGCUGUCAAAAGAGUAUCAGUUCUUCUAGGUACACUUGCACACCAUUUAUUAGAGCGCUAAUCACAGAUCUUCUGUGGAUGUAGGCUUAUUCAAAUCCUUCUGUCUCUUCAUGUAAUCACAGACAAACUCAAUAAGGGCCUGCCUGUAUCAAACUGUUUUAAAGAAGCACAAAAAAACAGACAACAUUGAGGACCGUAGAUGCAGUGGUCGGCCAGGAAAACAGUGCAGUCGAUGAAAGACACAUCAUGCUUACUUCCCUUCGAAUUCGGAAGAUGUCCAGCAGUGCCAUCAUAUCAGAACUAACAGAAACCUGUUUGACCUAGGUACACACAUCCAUUGUUUGGAGAAGUUUGGCCAGAAGAGGUCUUCAUGUAAGAAUUUCAGCUAAAAAGCCAUACCUUCGAUGAGGAAACAAGGCCAAGCGACUCAAUUAUGUAUGAAAACUGAGGAACUGGGAUGUAAAAAAUGGCAGCAGGUGCUGUAGUCUGGUGAAUCAAAUAUUUGGCUGUAACAGUAGGCACUUUGUUCGCUGAAGGGCUGGAGAACAGUAUAAUAAUGAGGCAACAGUGAAGCCCGGUGGAGGUUCCUUGCAAGCUUGGAACUGCAUUUCAGCAAAUGGGGUUGGGGAUUUGGAUUUAGGUCAGAAUUAAUGGUGUUGUCAAUGCUGAGAAAUACAUGCAAUACCAGAGAGGCUACGUAAUAGCGCCAAACUUACAUAGGACAAUGACCUAAGACAUGCAACCAAUGUUAUUUUGCGGAUGUGACGUCCCGAAUGAGGAGGUUCAAAUGCACCCAUACCAGAAGUGAAUCUCGGCACACCCCUGACGAAGCGGAGCGAAACCCAGGUCGGACAGUGAUAUUUUAUGUGAUUUGAUUAAGACAACAACUUUGUAAGUACAAUAAAGUGCGAUUACUUUUAUCUAUACGUGGUGACCACUAUGUAUGCAUUUUUUCUUAAGGCUGCAGCGCUGGAAUAAUGGGCAGAAACGAGCAUUGCGGUACCUGCAUCCAGCACUGAAGUAUAUUGCCGUAACAAGAGAAGUGUGAAUGCCCGUGGGCUAAGAGACAGCAAGCAGACUUUUUUAGUUGCGUUGAGCAUACACUGGGAGACUGCACUUUUGAUUGUUCACCUUUACCACUUGUUUAGUUUGCGCAGAUCCGCUACCCCUUUUCUUUUGCUUUUUAUACGGAGGACUGGGAUAACUCCUCAUAGGAUCUUGCAGCAUACAAUACGCAUGUGUAUUAAAAAAUCACCAAUAAUUUUUGUUUAAUGUUGUUAAGCCUUCAGCAUAAAGAAGAACAAGGAGUCCUGGAAGUGAUAUGACUCCCACAAAGCCCUGAUCUUAGCGUCAUUAAGUCUAUCUGGAAUUACAUGAAGAGACAGUAUGAUUUGAGCAAGCCUACAUCCACAGAAGAUCUUAGUUCUCCAAGAUGUUUGGAACAACCUCCCUUCUGAGUUCCUUCAAAAUCCGUGUGCAGUUGUACCUAGAAGAAUUGGUUUCAGGUGAAGGGUGGUCACACCAAAUAUUGAUUUGAUUUAGAUUUCUUUUGUUCAUUCACUUAGCAUUUUGUUAAUGGAUACAAAUAAACUAUUUACACAUCUAUUAUGAAAACAUUUGCACAGUACUGUAUAUUAAACCCAGAAAUUUGCAAAGGUGGAGGGGACUAUGGUAUGUGAUUUGAUUUUUAUCUCUUCUAAGAAAAUUUUGGUUUGAGUUCCAAAAAUCUUACUUCUAUCACUUCCAAGCAAACUAGGAAACUGAAUUCUAGGAAGGCUUUCUAAAAGGUCCUCGGACUAAAACCAAACAUGGUGGUCACCAGUUGAUAAUGGUCUUUAAAAAAAGGGUGGCUCUCCAAAGGUAAGAAUUUUUACGGUACUUCCUUCUCACGGAGGAGAUACUGCUUACAGAAUCAAGUUCACUGGUGACCACGAUUUAAACGUUUCAUAGCACUGUGGAGCCAAACCAGUUGUCCAUUAUACAAAUCCUUUAGAAAAGUAUGUCAAAACCAGGAGGCCCCUAAGUAUAAUUUUUGGGUGAGUGAAAGAUUGGGCUUAAUGGCACUAUAUCCUGACAUUUCUGGUUGUUGAAAGGGAGAUAACCUUCAAUUCUCCAAAGAGAUUCUUUUCAGAGGAAUUUUCCUUUCUCUCUAGUAAAUAAAGGGUCAAGAACAUCAGAUCUCCCUCUAUUAACACAUACUAAUCUCAGUAUUUUAUUUAAUUUUUUACCGGAUAGCCCCUCCAAAGGCUAUGUACGGGACAAUAAUUUUUUAUUAUUGCAUUAUACUUAUUUUGAACAAAAUUUUUUUUCAAUUGGUCUUUAUUAAGAAUAUGGAAUCCUGUUUUGUGUUCUUAGCUUAGAUGCUAGAG